GAUUACCGUACUUGUAUGUUGCAUUGUUCCUGCCAAAUUACAGAAGAAAAUGAAAGUAAGGUGACGACCUUGUAGAAGUUAAUAUUUCGGUUGUACAACGAAGGUAAAUCAUUCGGCGAUCUAGAGUAAACUUAUUCCCAAUAAUGGAUCUAGUCAUUCAACAAUUUAGGACCGCGAACACCUCGAUCAAAUAGCAAAAAUAGGUCACUUUAAGUUUGGAAGCGCAAGACGAAAAGCUUUUUGUUAAAUGGUGUGCUACGCUUAGCUAUACCGACGAGAAAUUCUGUUUUGAAAAAGGAGUAACAGUAUAGACGAAUGUAUUUGUCAGAGUCUGUUUGCCCUUUCUGAGUGAUGGGAUUCGCCCGCCCGUAUGUUUCGGAGGGCACUGUCUGCGCCUGAAAGACGCGUUCAUUCGCUGGAGCUUGCCGCCUGAAAGUGUUUAUGUUUCGCGCCGCGAUUUAAUGGUGCUUAAGGAUACUUAAACCGUCGGUUUUAUUUUUUCCCCGCUUAUCUCACCCCGUCGAUCGCCUCAGCCAACGGGGAGCCUGACUCCACAAAGGAGGGACGAAGAUGAUUCUUCGGAACGCGAACCGUGGACACCACUAUGUGGAGGAAGGCUCGAACCAGGAUCGCGACAGCAACUCGUUGUUGGAGGACGACUUCUUCAACGAGGAGGACUCGAAUGAUGACAACAAUGACGUGUCAUAUGGGCCGUCGGUGUCGUACUCCUCGCAGGGGACUGGACGGGGUCGAGGAAGGGGCCGCGGUAGAGGCCGCGGACGAGGUCGUGGCCGAGGCAGAGGUCGGGGCCGUGGCAGAGGUCGGGGAAGAGGCGCCGCCGCUGCGCAUGCUCACUUGAUGGCGCACGGCGAUGCCGCCCUUCCUGAGGAACGAAUGGAAGAUAACUUCCCUGCCGAUGUGAAUCCCCGAUGCAUAUUCGAUGUUCUAUGUCGAGGACGAACAAAUAUUACCUACAUGGUAGAUGAGUGGAUCACGAACUAUAAAACAAACCGCGAAGAGGGUAUUCGAGAUCUUAUGCAAUUCUUCAUUCAAAGUGCAGGAUGCAAAAGUCAAAUUACACCGGAGAUGCAACGUUCAAUGGAUCAUCCACAGAUUAUUCGACGAAUGACAGAAGAAUUUGACGAGGACUCCGGUGAUUAUCCACUAAUUAUGCCUGGGCCACAGUGGAAGAAGUUCCGCCACCACUUCUGUGACUUUGUUCACCAACUCGUCAAAAGCUGUCAAUAUUCGAUUAUCUACGACUCGUACAUGAUGGAUAACAUAAUUACCUUACUGACCGGUCUUUCGGACUCGCAGGUUCGCGCUUUUCGCCACACAGCGACGCUGGCGGCAAUGAAGUUGAUGACUGCUUUAGUUGAUGUGGCUCUUAAUUUAUCCAUCAAUUUGGAUAACACCCAACGUCAAUACGACAACGAGUGGGCACGCACUCGUGAUCAACAUUCGGAGCGGUUGCAGAUGCUACUUUCUCGAAGACGUGAACUUGAAGAGAACAACGAGGACAUCAAGAACAUGCUAACAUACCUCUUCAAGUCGGUGUUUGUUCACCGCUACCGGGACAUGCUUCCCGAGGUCCGGUGUAUCUGCAUGGUAGAGAUCGGCAACUGGAUGAAGAAGUUUCACCAGCAGUUCCUUGAUGACUCGUAUCUAAAAUAUCUUGGUUGGACACUCCAUGACAAAGUGGGCGAAGUCAGACUCAAAUGCUUGCAGGCGCUGUUACCACUCUACGCGAACCAAGACCUGUGCCAAAAAAUGGAGUUGUUUUCAACCAAAUUUAAAGAGCGUAUUGUUGAAAUGACACUAGACAAGGAAUUCGAUGUGAGUGUACAAGCAGUUAAACUCGUCAUCUACAUUCAUCGAUAUCAUCCCGAAGUGCUAACGGAUAAGGAUUGCGAGCACGUCUACGAGUUAGUGUAUUCCUCUCACCGGGCAGUUGCCCAAGCAGCAGGAGAAUUUCUUAAUGAAAGACUUUUCCAACCCGAUGAUACCACGGUCAUCAAAACGAAACGCGGCAAACGAAUGUCAAGAUAUACCUCCGCACUUCGUGAUAUGGUGCUCUUCUUUAUUGAAAGCGAAUUACACGAACAUGGAGCGUAUAUCGUCGACAGCCUAAUUGACAGCAACCCGAUGGUAAAAGACUGGGAAUGCUACACCGACCUGUUGCUCGAAGAACCUGAAGAUUCGGAAGACGCAUUUGAGGACAAGCAAGAAACAACACUCAUUGAGCUUAUGGUGUGCGCUGUAAAGCAAGCUGCAACGGGCGAACCCCCCGUAGGUCGUGGAAGUCGCCGUCAGUUGACAGCAAAGGAGGCAAAGCAAGUGCAGGACGAUCGCACCAAGCUGACCGAACACUUCAUUCAGACUUUACCGGCUAUUCUGAACAAGUAUGUAGCCGAUGUUGAUAAAGUUUCUAACUUGCUCGUAUUGCCUCAGUACUUCGAUCUGGAAAUCUAUACAACUUCACGACAAGACCGUUCGCUAGAUCAGCUAUUGCACGCAAUGAACCGGUUGGUUGAAAUGCACGUCAACGAUGAAGCUCUGGUAGCAUGCGCUAAGACUUAUGAAGCACUUUGUAAUGAAACACUAGCAAUUUGGUCUAAGUGCAGCGUGAGUAGGGCAACGUUGAUAGACGGCCUUCGUAACAAUUAUCAAACUGCGCUCGCCGAUUUUCAACAGUACGCCGCUGAUGACACACCAGACGAAGAAACGGUGUUUCGCAUCACUAACGCUCUUAAGAAGCUUGCCAUCUUUUACGAUAUCCACAAUCUUGGUCCGUGGAGAAUCUGGAAUCUAUUAUGGGAGCCAUGGGUUAAGGCGCACGUGAGCCAACAAACAUCUGUCGAGCUUCCUGUUGACGCGGUUCGCUACGCUAUUUCGGCGUGCGAAUCCUCACUCAUCUGGGACAUGAAAUCGAUCGUGGAUGGCGGUGGCCAUCACAGCGCAGUCACACCCGCACUCCUUCGUGACAGUGUCUACGAAUACAUGGCCUGCCUUUCGACCCUUCUGAUGGAUAACCAGCUAAGCGAAGAAGCAUUUAUGCGCCUUUGCGAUAUGCUCAUCUAUUUUUCGCGGGAGUUUAAGAAUGUUCCAGGUCAAGAUGUGCUCUAUUACGAACCAUCUGACAUGAUGAUUGAAGAUUUGAAGCGCUUUAUUGAGAAGCGUGUCUUUGUCGCCGACGAUCACGACGAUGGUAUGGACGAACAACAGAAAAUUGAAAACCUUCACAGACGGCGCAAGUUCCUGGCUGCUUACUGCAAGCUAGGUAUCUACAACGUGAUUGAUAUCCCACACCUGAAGCUCGUGUUCCGCAAUUAUAUGCGCUUCUAUAACGAUUAUGGAGAUAUUAUUAAGGCGACUCUCGGCAAAGCUCGUGAGAUUAAUAAGGUCAUAUGCGCAAACACGAUGGUAGAAGCGCUGUUUUCAUUGUUUCGCGAUCUUGAUAGGGAUCGAAACGGUUGUAUUGACCGCGGUUCAGAGCAGUUCAGCAAUCUCAAGGAAUUGGCCAAACGGUUUGCUCUUAGUUUUGGCUUAGAUAACCUGAAAAACCGUGAGGCCAUUGCGGCGUUUCAUCGGCGUGGCAUCCAAUUAGCCGCCCAUCCCCUCGAAAACGAACUUAACUCACAACUUACCCACCCGCCAAAUCUCGCAUUCCUGGAGCUGUUGCUGGACCUUGUGAAUAAGCUCAUGAAGCAAGAUCGCCGCGUCGUAUGCGCAUAUCUGGAGAAAUCGAUUCCCGCCCGUCUGCCAGUAAGCAAAUUCGAUGAUUGGGAGCCACACAGAUUGUACAGAUCUUGUCUACUCCAAGGUGAGGAAGCACCGCCUAUGGUUGGCGGUAGUGGACGACAACCUGGCAAACAAUAUCAGGGCCGGGGCCGAAAACGACAUAGAGAUGAAGAUGAGGUAAUGGACUUCGACGGCGAUGACACUGAAGACACAAUGAUGUAGGCUCAAUGCGUUACCCUUGAGGCCUAGUUAAUUACAUCAGAGUGUGAACCUCGGUUACUAAAAUCUAACAUUAGAUUGUUUCUGCACCGUUUGUUCAAACGAUCGAGUUCGUGUGAAGAGUUGUUUUUAAGAAUAGGUUUUUAUGUUUUGCGUUAUACCUGAGUUCUUGGCUAGGUCUUGGUUAGAUUAGAACCCAUUAUGGAAUGAUGUCUAUGGUAGUCACACAAUCAUUGGUGGGACAACGAACACGAAAAUUACUGCUUAGAACAUGUAGUGAGGUCAAAGCCAAAGCGCAAAGUGAACAAAACGUCAAUUAGCGAAAAUAACAUCGAUGACAAGAAGUGACAAAUUAGCAGAAACGUCAAUUCCUGGUUGACGUCAUUCAGCUUAAUAUGCCCAUUAACAAGAAAUAAGUUAUUAGGGUUUCAAUAUAUGGGUGUCGAUAAAACAGCAAAUUAAUUAAGACACGCCUGUUCCUAUAUGAGAUUUGUUUUGUGAAGUUUAUGUGAAUAAUCCUGUCAUUUUUAUUCAACUUACGUGAGGAACUACACCUUACCGAAUGUGACAUUCCUCUAUUUUUAGGGAGCAUCGUCAUAAUUUUAUAAAUUAUCAAAUACAGUUCCGCUGUGUAUAGAUUGAGCUCUUCCCGUUAUGGGUUAAUCUGUAUACUUAGAUAUACACAUAACAAGCUGUGCAUCCGUGUCAUAGCUGUAAUUGCACACACAUUAGAAAGUAAUGUGUAAAGGAACCUUAUACAAUCAUUAUAUAGAAAUGUAAACAUGUGACAAGUUCAUGUGCGUCAUGUAACAGAUAAAGGAUAGAAGUAGAUUUAUAUAUCGAUAUUCGCCGAAACGAUCACAGAGAAAAGUACACCGGUAAACAGCAUGUACUAGCAGAAUAAGAAUACACGAAUCUAUGUAUACCAUAGUAAUAAAAUUGCCUUGUGAAGCGUACGCCAA